CAUCGUUGGAAGUAUUGGCUCCUGCCGGAAUGAAGGUCUGGUUCUUUGAGUUGUUGGUCAGAGAACUUGGUCCUGCCUUGCCCUCAGCAAGACAGCCAACAGGAGCACUCGUCAAUUCGAAGCCACUCAGACUGGUUUCUAUACCAGCUUGGAGUGAAGUGCUCUCGAUUACGUAAGUUGUUUAAUGGUGAUAGGCAUUCACAAUUAAUGCGACGACUUUCUCUGUCUCCCUUCUGUGAUUCAAAUGAGCUGAUGCAGAGUAUUGAUGUGGAGCAACUGAGUCAGGAUAUCGGUGUUUGAGUUAUGAGCUAGUCAAAAUUGCUCACGAGUUGGGCUAAGCUAAGGGCAGUUGCAGCAAUGGCGACUAUGCCCUCUCUUCUCUCUAAGAAUGCUUGUAUCCUUGGACGUGAACAUUCAGCCGCAAAGAAUGCAGGUAGUCGUAUCGCUUCUCCUCAAUUCAGCCUUCGCAGCAAUGUCCCCCUUGCCCUCUCUAAUGACACUCCACUCCUGGAAUCAACUCCUACUUCUUGCACUUUAGACAUGAUUUCAACAUCCUUGAUGCCAUUAGGGCGCCCGUUAGGUCUGGAUAGGCCAGCCCGCUGUGUUUUGGGGGUAGGUGCAGUUGCGGGAGCAAUGAUGGUGUUCCCAGAGCAUGCUCAUGCGGCGGAGAUUGUAUCGAAUUCGGAUGCUUGGUCAUUGCUGGUAGCUUCAGAGCCGAAGAACGCCUUGUCUUUGCCGACGUGGGUGAUACAUGUGGCUAGCGUUGCAGAGUGCAGCUUGCCAGUGCCUUGCAGGAUGUUAGGGAGUGUAUUUGAUUCUGGUGAGGUUCAGAGCUCGUUUCGUGAGACGGAGCUUACAAAUGCUCUAUCUCUGCCCACCUGGUUCAUCCAUGUGGCCAGCGUUGUCGAAUGGAUCACAGCAAUGGCACUUGUCUGGCAAUACGGGGACACCCCUGGCAACUCUUCAUGGAAAGGUCUUUCGUGGGGAAUGGUACAACGUUUAUCUCAAUUUUCACAAGUCUCCUCAAUUUCGAAUAGAGGAGGUUUUCUUGAUAGCACAUGCUCAUGUGGUCCUGACCAAAUUGGAGGAUGUAUACGAGAUAUCAAGUUCCUUUAUUAGGCGGAGCUAUGUGCGCAUGCACCUGGCAUUUUUUCUAUAACGCCCCGGCUUUGGAAGUAUAAUGAUUUCUACCAAGAAAAAUCCUUACGUCUUUUAAUUGCUCAACCUGGAUGGUUAACCGAUAGUUGUUUACAUAUUUUUGUCAAUUGUGUACAUCACAACCUGUGUGUGUGUGUGUGUGUAUAUGUAUUCUGAAAACAAUGUUUGCUGUUUUGCAGAUUUUGGUGGUACUACAAGCUGCACUGACUGUGAUAGGGAAUUUUACAAUGUGGGCUGCUGCUUUUCGAAUCUACCAAUCUUCUCAAACAAAGUCCAAGGAGCCUUAGUUAUAAUGUAUUUCUUAGAAGAGCUUUGGAAAAAUUCGGUAACGCACAAACAUUCUGCAAAUAGUACUUAGCUCCUCAAUAGUGCCAAAAAUGCUAUUUCGUGGCUUGUGCACGUGCAGAAGCUCCAUGCAUGUAGCCACCAUUUAUCAUACCAAUGAUGAAGCUGGGAUUGAAUUCACAUUCAGUAUGGUAUUGCCUUCCAGUGA